AUGCCCCUCGACAAGUCUGCCCCUCUCAGGCUCGACGACUUCGGCCAGCUCGACGCCGUAGCCAUCGUGGCCACCAUGGGCAUGUUGAAGUUAGAAAAGCAACGCAGGGCGUUCCGACGGUGCGGAAUUCGGCUGGGCGACAUCACAGGCGCCGUGGACAGCCGGGCCGGUACGGAUGCCAGGAUCCGGCACAUCGACGCCGGCCUGGCCAUAAUGGCCACGAUGGACGGGCCGGAGGUGCACAGGGUCAGGGCGACAAGCCGGCGCCUCAGACGGCUCCUACGGGACCCCCCGGGCGACGAUAAUACCCGUAUAAAAGAAGAGAUCAUGCUGGACCUGGCUGCCCACGCGGGCUGGCACCAGGAGGUCCUGUGCGCGUUGGAGUGGGUGAAGCUCGCCCUGUAG